GUAUGGCGCGCAUUUCAUACGAAAACACGUGUUAUCACAAUAACCUCUGCUUCAUACUGCUAGAAUAGUAAUUAUAUACCUAAUUAUUAUAGUGAAUAAAAAUUUUGUUGUAGGAUAACUGAAACUACGAAAAAAUGGCGAAACAGAGAAAGCUGAAAAUUAGUUCAAUUAAAAGAAACAAUCAAAAGCGAACUAAACUUAUGAAGCAAGGAAAACUUAAAACGAGACGACAUAAACCAGCAAAGAAACAAAUUCAAAAGACAGUUCAACAUCCAGAAUCAGUCGAAGAAGAAGAAAGUGACCAUGGAGAAGAUCUUAUGAAUAUGGUUGAAAAAGAUGACUUAGACUUUCUCAAGGAAGCUAUUUCUAACAAAUCCUAUAAUUUGUUAAAGAAGAUACGCUUGGAUGAAACAGUCGAUAGUAAGAAGAAAGGUAACAAUCAGAAAAGAAAAAAUGAAGCAACAUUAGAGGAAGAAUAUGAGAAUAAUGUAUCAAAAAUAAUUGAGGAUGAAGGUAUGAAGAAGGUUCGUAUGUUACUUCCAACAAAAACUAAAAAUGGAGUUAUAAAGAAAAGGUUGAUAGAAGAAACUAUGAAUGAAGAUAGUGUUGAAGAUACUGAAAAUAAAUCUAAUGGAGAAUUUCAUACAGAAGAGAGUAACAUAGGAGGAAUAACAGAUUUAAAUAAUAAAGACAAAGAUGAAAAUAAAGAACCCGUAUCUAUGAUAGAACUCUUGGCAUGUCGUCAAGAAGUACUAAGAUCUAAACGUUUAAAGAUAGGAUUACUUUCUAGUACUUUAUUAGAAACACCUGAAAAUAAAUCUGAAAAUUUCAAAGCACUGUUAGAUCUAAUGGAAGAAACUAAUCCAGAAGUAUAUAUUACUGUUAGAAAGUUGGCAACUGUGUCUUUAUUAGAAGUCUUUAAAGAUCUAUUGCCAUCUUAUCAUAUUCUUCAAAUUCAACAGGAAGGUGUAAAAUUUAAAAAAGAAACACUGGCACUGCAGAAUUUUGAAACCACAUUAUUAAGUAAUUAUAAACGUUAUCUGCAAAAACUAGAGAAAAUGUCUGGUGUGUUGAGGAAAAAGAGAGGAGAUAAACGACAAUUAAAAGAACAAGAAAUUGAAUUAGGCAAACUUGCAGUGACUUGCAUGUGUGAUCUCUUGACAACACACCCUUACUUUAAUUAUUCUGUCAACAUAGCAAAUUUUCUUAUACCAUUAUUGGAUAAUAAGCACGAUUUUGUAAGACAAUGUGUGGCUGCAUGCGUAUCCAAAAUAUUCAAGGAAGACAAACGCGCUGAAUUAUCCCUUUCAAUAGUACGUCGGCUAAAUCAGUACAUAAAAUUGAAAGCUCAUUCUGUUCACACUGAAGUUAUAUCUGUACUUCUGUCUCUUCGUAUCAAGGAAGUAAACUUAGAUAAAGAGAAAGAAGAAGAAACCAAACAAAAAAAGCUCAUGUCUCAUAAACAAAGAAUUCUUGCUUUAAGUAAACGUGAAAGAAAGAAAAAUAAGAAGCUAGAGCAAGUAGAAAAAGAAUUGUUGGAAACCAAGGCUGAAGAGAAUAAACAAUCUAAACAAAAGUUGCUUACUGAAAUAACAAGCAUAGUGUUUACAAUUUAUUUUAGAGUUUUAAAACAAUGUCCAAAUAGUAAAAUCUUAUCUAUUAGUUUGGAGGGCUUGGCAAAGUUUGCACAUUGCAUAAACUUGGAUUUCUAUCAAGAUUUGGUAACAGUCAUAGAUAAAUUGAUGGAAGCAGGCAAUUUAAGUUUGAGAGAUCAAUUGCAUUGCAUUCAAUGUGUGUUUACAAUAUUAUCAGGUCAAGGCUCUGCAUUAAAUCUUGACCCUUACAGGUUUUAUGUACAUUUAUAUAAAAAUUUAUUUAACAUUCACUGUGGUAAGACCCACUCAGAGAUGGAACUCCUUAUAAAAAUUUUAGUACAAGUUCUAAUUCAUAGAAGAAAGAGAGUCACACAAAAUCGUUUGAUAUCAUUUAUCAAAAGAAUAGCUAUUGUAGCUUUGCAAUCGCAACAUAACGCAGCUCUUGGCAUUCUAGGCAUAAUAAAACAAAGUAUGCAACUUGGAAAAUCAGCAAAUAUUUUGUUAGAUACUGAUUGUACUACUGGAGAUGGUUUCUAUCAGCCAGAUUUAGAAGAACCCGAAUGUUGCAAUGCACAUUGUACAGCAUUAUGGGAACUCGCUGCUUUGCAGCGACACUAUCAUCAUCCUGUACAAAAAAUAGCAAAAAAUAUUGCUGCCGGAGUGCCACCAACUGGAGAGGGAAGUUUGCCUUCAGAGAUUGCUAAAUUAACGCCAGAAGAACUUUAUGUUGAGUAUGAUCCUACUGGUGUUGUAUUCAAUCCAGCAGUUCCAAUUCCCAAAAAGACAAACGUUAAAAGAUCAAUAACGACUCACCGUUUUAUAAAUAGCGAAUUCAAGGAUUAUAUUAAUUCUGUAAAUAACACUGAAUUAUUCUCAGAUGGAUACGUAGAUUUUUAUAAAGCAUAUAAUAGUUAAUUUUACAUGUAAUACAAGAAUAAAAUGAACAGUAUGUUAUUUAAAUCUGCGCGUAUUUUGUAAAUAAUUGCAAAUGACUUUUACAAUUGUUUUUUUAAUUUAAAUAGCGUAGUAAAUACAACUCUAAAUGCCUCAUAUGUAACUUUGAAAUAAAUAUUGUUCUAAAAUAAAUAUAUCGAAAACAAA